UGCGUUCUCGUUCCGCUCUCCAUCUUUUCAUCACGCGCAUUCUCUAGCGAAAUGCUGCCUCUAUCACUGCUAAGUGCGGCUCAAAACAAGCCCAUGCUUGUGGAGCUCAAGAAUGGCGAGACCUUCAACGGGCAUCUGGUCAACUGCGACAACUUCAUGAACAUCACUCUACGCGAGGUGUAUCAGACGAGCGCCGACGGCGAUCGGUUUUGGAAGCUGAAGGAGUGUUAUAUUCGCGGGAGCACGAUCAAGUAUCUUCGCGUUCCCGACCAACUACUCGACGUCGUGAAAGAGGAUCAGCUGCGCGCUAGGGAGGCUAAUCGAACCACACGGGGAGGACCUCCCGGGAGGGGAGGCCGCGGUGCCCCACCAAGAGGUCGCGGAGCACCACGCGCGGCUCCACGAGGGGGAGGUCGGGGCCGGGGUCGAGGUUAGAGAUUGUUCAUCAGGGGAGAGCUGUGGAUUCUUUGGACCUCGAUGGUUGGCUAGGUGCUUUAACGCACAAUUGAGACGAUACGUAUGGGAUACUCGUUCGCUUGUAAAGCGGCUUCAAUGCUCGUACUAAUACUGCUAGAUCCUCAUUGUACUACGCUAUGGUUCAUCUGAUGGAUGUUUUGCUAUACACCGAUCACUCCGUAAUCGUCAUCAGCCGUCCCCGGGCACCGUCUCGAUAUAACAACAUAAGGUACAU